AUGAAUCAUGCACGACGGGAUCAUGCAGCAUUCACAUUAAAAAAUGGAAAAGUAUUAGUUUGUGGUGGAUUUGAUAAUGGUGCAAUGAAUAGUGCUGAGUUGUAUGAUCCAUCAACAGCAAAUUGGACAACUAUUGAUAGUAUGAAUGAUGCCCGAGGUGAACACACCGUAUCCUUACUAAACAAUGGCAAAUUAUUAAUUACUGGUGGACUUAAUAAACGAGAUUUUCUGAAUAGUACCGAGUUAUAUGAUCCAUCAAACGAGACUUGGACAACUACUGGUAGCAUGAAUGAUCCACGGGGGGAACAUAUGACAUCUGUAUUAACAAAUGGAAAAGUUUUAGUGAGCGGUGGAUACGGUAAUGGUCAUUGGCUUAAUAGUGCUGAGCUGUAUGAUCCAUCAACAGAGAUUUGGACAACUACUGGUAGCAUGAAUAGUGCACGAAGCCAACAUACAUCAUCCGUAUUAACAAAUGGAACAGUGUUAGUCACCGGUGGACAUAUAAGUCGUGAUGCUCUAAAUAGUGCCGAAUUAUAUGAUCCAUCAACCGAGACUUGGACAACUAUUGAUAGCAUGAAUAGUACACGAAGUGAACACACAGCAUCCGUAUUAAUGAAUGGAAAAGUGUUAGUUACCGGUGGAUUUGAUAAUAAUGCUCUAAAUAGUGCUGAGUUAUAUGAUCCAUUAACAGGUUUGUGGACAAUCACUGGUAGUAUGAAUCAUAAACGAUGGAAACACACAGCAACCGUAUUAGUAAAUGGAAAAGUGUUAGUUAUAGGUGGAUUUGAACAUAAUGCUCUAAAUAGUGUUGAACUGUAUGAUCCAUUAACAGAAACGUGGACAGUUAUUGAUGAUAUGAAUGUUGCACGAGGUGAACACACAGUAUCCGUACUAGCCAAUGGAAAAGUGCUAGUUACUGGUGGAUCUCCUGGUGGUACGUCAUUAAAAGAUGCAGAAUUAUAUUUAUCAUUGCAAACAAAUUAA